ACUUGACCCGAUCGAACCCGGUGGACAACUUUUGUCUUUUCCUAACUUAAAUAAACAAAUCUCCAGAUUCUCUCCCAAAAUGCAGGCCAUUCUCCAUCCCCUGCCCGGAGCUCACGAUCUCCCUCUAAGAUCCGGCCGGCGGCCUCUCCAGCCGAAGAAUUCCAAUUCCCUGCCAACUCCUCUACCCGCCGUCGCCAAAAUCAAGCCCGAACGCAUCCAGAUCUCGCUCUCCGGCGACGCCAACAAGGAGAACCUUCCGCCGAUUCCAGCGACAGCGACGGCGACGAUCGAGUCCUGUGAUUCGUCACUUGCGGAUGAGCUCAAUGCGGUCAAGAGGAAGCUCGAGAGAUUGAGAUUGGACGGCGACAGGACGGAGAAGAUGUUCAGAGAGAGGGAUGCGAUCUUCGAGUUGCAGAUGAAGGAGCUGCUGAGGAGAGGUCAAGAGCAGAGGGAACUAGAGAUGGAGGUCGAUAGGUUAUUCAGAUUGAAGGAACUCAGAUCUUACUGUAUGAGAAUUUCUCCGAUUCGGAGUCUCAGAGAAAAAGAGCGAGAAAAGAUCAUCACCGAUGCACAAUUUCCGGAAAUUGAAGUCGGCGAUGGAGAAGAAUCUGUUGGCGAGAAUUCAUCGCUGGAUUCUUCAGAAUUCGUCACAGGUAUAUGACGACGAAUCGUUUCAGUUUUGUUCGCCGCUUUUGAUUUUGCCCAACUUUCCGAUUAAUUUUCCUUCUAGUUCUGGUUCUUCAUCUUCUUUGGAAUUCUGCUAAAAGUGGCAUUCAAAGGUCAAACAAAAUUCAAUGUAAUACCUCAUUAUGUUCUUCUUUUGGUUGCUGGAACGGAAAUCUUGAAGUGUAAUCAACAUCAUUCUCCAUCUUUUUCACUUCAUUUAUUGUCUGUAAAUGAAGAAAUUCCAAAUCCGCAUCUGUGGAUUGAAGUUUAGACAUUGA